UUAUCGAUACUUGUUAAAAUAAAUAAAUGUUUGCAAAACUCGAUACAUCGAUAGUGCCAAUCGAUGCUUCACCAAGUCUACAUCUGGACCCAUUGAUUAUAGCUGACAACUCGCUCGCUCACAGAAAUGUUGACACGCCUACAAUGGUUAAAGGCGGUGCCACGCCCUAAUAGCGUGCUGCACAGCCAAAUCGUCAGACGAAAUUUCAAGUCGAACAACAACAAGGCUAAUGGAAUUCGCGGCGUUGUCAACCCAAAGCUGGAAGUUGCAACACAAGGGAUCGAUCGAAUGCCGCAUAUAAACACAGAUCGGCAAUACAAAUAUAGCGAGGGCAAGAUAUAUAAUGGAUUCCAGUGCGAGCGUAUCGAGUAUAUACCCGACUUUGAACUGACUUCGUGCACUCUGCGGCAUUUGGGCACAGGGACAGAAUUCUGGUAUAUUGACCGCAAGGAUACCAACAAUGUGUUCUCCAUUAACUUCCGGACGACGCCAUUCGAUUCGACAGGCAUGCCUCAUAUAUUGGAGCAUCUGUCCUUGUGCGGCUCCAAGAAUUUUCCAGUUCGAGAUCCCUUUUUCAAAAUGCUCAAUCGAUCGGUUGCCACAUUUAUGAAUGCCAUGACUGGGCCCGAUUACACGCUGUAUCCCUUCUCAACCAUGAACGAGGUUGAUUUCCGCAACCUGCAGAAGAUUUACCUGGAUGCCGUCUUUAGACCGAAUCUUGCAUAUCUAGACUUUCUGCAGGAAGGUUGGCGUCUGGAGUACACGGAUUUGCAAAAUCGCGACUCUGAACUCAUUAUUAAAGGUGUAGUCUAUAACGAAAUGAAAGGUGCAUUCUCAGAGAACUCGCAAGUGUUUAUCCAAAACUUGCUGAACAACAUGCUGCCCAGUCACACGUACGGCUUCUGUUCGGGUGGUAAUCCUUUAGAGAUUCCUAAGCUGUCCCACAAAGAUUUGGUUGAGUUCCAUCACAAAUACUAUCAUCCAAGUAAUGCGCGCAUCUUCUGCUACGGCUCCUUUGAUCUGGAGAAGACACUCAAGUUUGUGGAUGAGGAAUACCUUUCUCAUCAUGAGCGUAUUGACAACUCCUACAGCCGCAUUCCACCGCAGGAACGCUGGAAGCAGCCUCGUAAUGUCCACAUACCCAGCAGACUGGAUCGCAUGGGCGCCAGCUUCGAUCGACAGAAUCAAAUAGCAAUUGGUUUGCUGAUGUCUGACAUAACCGAUAUACAGGAGAGUUUUGAAUUGAACGUUCUAUCGGAAGUAAUGGUUCGUGGCCCUAACUCGGUUUUCUACAAGAACCUAAUAGAACCAAACUUUUCUGGUGGCUACAAUCAAACCACUGGCUUCUCUGCCGAUUGCAAGGAUACCUAUUUCGUAGUGGGUCUACAGGAUCUAAAGGUUGAAGAUUUCAAGAAGUUCAACGAACUUUUUGAGCAGACUGUGCAGACUACGAUCAAAGAAGGCUUUGAGUCGCAGCAUAUCAAAAGUGUACUUCAUAAUCUGGAAUUGUCAUUGAAACACCAGAGUCCUCACUUUGGCAACGCUUUACUAAUCAACUCUACAUCGUUAUGGAAUCAUGAGGGUGAUGUUGUUGCUAAUCUGCGAGUAUCGGAAAUGAUUGCUACUCUGCGGCAGAGAUUGAAGGAAAAUAAGAACUAUCUGCAAGAGAAGGUUGAGAAAUAUUUCUCAAGUAAUAACACACAUAGACUCACACUGACAAUGUCGCCAGAUGAAAUGUACGAGGAGAAUUUCAAACAGGCUGAGGCUGAGAUGCUUAAACAAAAGAUUAGUGCGCUCGACAGUAAAAAGUUAGACGAGAUCUAUCAGAAUGGCCUCAAACUGGAGGCAUCUCAAAAAUCGAUUGUUAAUACUGAUGUGUUGCCCUGCUUGUCGCUGACCGACGUCAAGGAGCCGCCAAAGUUGCCUCAAAUUACUAUGGAGACCGUUCAAAAUGUUCCCACCCAGUUGUGCAAGGUGCCCACCAACGAAAUCACCUAUUUAAAGUGCUUGUUCAAUAUCACUGGACUAACACGAGAGGAGAUCAUGCUAGUGCCUCUCUUCUGCAAUGUGAUCAACGAUAUGGGCACAAAUAGCCGCGAUUUCCGUGAGUUCGACAAAUUGGUUCUUUCUAAGACGGCUGGCAUCGACUUUAAGCUAAACUUUGUCGAGAAUGUAAAGGAUGCCAAGACAUAUCGCCUUGGAUUGAUGAUGACGACGCAUGCACUUGAUAAGAAUGUUUCGGACAUGUUCUGUCUAAGCGAAGAGUUGUUGCUCAACUUUAAAUUGGAAGACACGGAUCGUCUGCAGAUGCUGAUUGAGAACUAUAUUUCAAAUAUAUCUGUGGGCAUCACAAGCUCUGGACAUUUGUACGCCAUGUUAAGUGCCGCUGGACUAGUCACAGAUGCUGGGCAAUUGAAAUCAUUGUUGUCGGGAUUGGAUCACAUAGGAUUUAUGAAGAAGUACGUGCAGGAAACGAGCACUGGCGACAUUCGGGAUAGGUUAAAGAGCAUUGGUUCCAAGGUCUUUAGCAAGAACAAUAUGCGUGCUGCAAUUAACAGCUCGGCAGCUUAUCAAUCGACUGCCUUGGAGCAUUAUACGCAAUUUGUGAAUAGUUUGCCAAGUCACGAAGAAAUGAAGACGGAUAUUGACAUAAAUUUGCUGCAGCCCGGUCUGCAACAUUAUUUAAUGAAUAUUCCUGUCAAUUACUGCUCGAAAACGUUCUUUGCCGUGCCCUAUUUGCAUGAGGAUCAUCCAGUGUUGCGGGUGCUGGCGAAAUUGAUUUCUGCCAAGUAUCUGUUGCCGGUGGUUCGUGAACAGAAUGGAGCAUAUGGCGCUGGCGCCAAGAUUGGUUCCGAUGGCAUUUUUAGCUUCUUCAGUUAUCGCGAUCCGCACUCUAUUAAGACACUUCGAGCGUUCGACAAUACUUACGAGUGGCUGCAAGCCGAGAACGAAAAACUGGAUCAGCAGACACUUUUCGAAUCGAAGCUAGGCGUGCUGCAGCAACUGGAUUCACCAACUGCACCGGGGAACAUUGGCAUUGACAACUUCCUCUAUGGUGUUUCACAUGAGAUGUUUGUCAAAUAUCGUUCUCGUGUGCUCUCCGUCACCGUCGAUGAGCUGCGAUCUGUAAUUGACAAAUAUUUUAAGGAAGAACCCAAACACUAUAGCAAAGUCAUCUUGGGGCCAGCCAACGAUAAACUGGAUAAUGAGAAAUCCGGAUUGAAAUGGAAUGUCAUAUCCUAAGUGUAGCAUUUUGUAAUAAGAAAUAAGACUGUAAAUAGUUAUGCAUAACCUCAUACUCACAUUCAACAUUUGUUCUGUUUUUGAUCGUAUUCUCAAUUAAGAUAAUUACGAUUGGCCUUUUUUCUUCUUUUUGUUCGUUCUUCUCUAUCGCAAACGUUAAAUAAUUGUUAUUAAAGGAUAUUUAAAUGACGUUGUCUUUCAACAAACAAACAACUGUUGCUUAAUGUUGCUUGGUGGAGAAUGAAUGGAACACUUUUGUGAAAGUUUGUGUUUUUUUGCUGUUGGAAGUUACGCUAGGGUACUUUUUUUUAAUUUGGUUUAUGUAGCAUAUUUGCCAAAAGUAAACCUGAAAAUUUUAAACCAAACCAAAUUAAUGCAAUGAGGAGCAAGCUCAAAUAUUGCACAUAUGUCUAUUGGUCGCUAGAUGGCGCCAUCAGAUC